AUAAAAAAAAUAUGGCGUCGCAGGAAAUGGGGUAGCAUAACACAACAAAAGAGAAAACAAUACAUUUAGAAUUUUAGAUCUACUAGACUUAAGUUCUUGAUCUUAGUAAACUGUCAUGAUUAGAUCUAAAUCUAGAUAUAUAGAUCUAUGGUUUGCGCUUUUAAAUGAGCUGGUUAAUCGGAAAAUCAUUUGUAAUUCAAGAUGACCAUAUCUGUAGGUGACUAUGUUAAGGUCAUCUAUGAAUUUGAAGGGGAAGCAUCCACAGACUUAUCACUCAAACUAGGAGAUGUAGUUUUUGUGACAGAUGUUGUGGAUAAAAACUGGUUCACUGGCUACCUGGUGGGGGAUAAGAAUCAAAAUGGAAAUUUCCCAGCAGCUUUUGUUGAACUUUUAGUUUUACCUUCAAUACUGACUGGGCAGAAACUAUUCUUGGCAAUUGAAGAUUUCCCUUCAGGGCAGGUUGAUGAUCUAGAUUUUGUUAAAGGUGACAUUAUUUUAGGUUUGAAACCUAUUAAUGAAACUUGGUGGAAAGGAAAGAAUGGCCCUUUAAAAGGAAUAUUUCCACUGACAUUUGUCACAGAACUUUUAGUGGAGUGUGGGCUAAGGUCCAGGUCAGUAAGUGCCCGCUCCAACAGUCUUAUCUCUUCUGGGGGAGAAAGUUUUGAUGGUGGCAGCGUGAGUACAGCUAUCAAUGACCUCCUCAGCCUGAAGAAAACAGUCUUUGCUCGAGCACUGGUGGACAUCAAACCACAACUUGAUGGUGAGCUGGCUUUCCAGCGAGGAGAUGUCAUUGAGUUGACUGACGCGAUUGACAAUGACUGGUUUUACGGCAGGUGCCACAAUAAGGAAGGUUUAGUCUCCUCUGUUUGCAUUGAGUUUUUAGAUUCUGUGGGUGAUGAUAAUUCCAACAAUGAAGAUAACCAAUCAUCUGAUCCUAACCUUUAUAAUUCCCAUGUAGAUGACUACCACAAGAGAACUGAUUAUGUUGAAUCCAGAACUUUUAGCAAUGAUUCCUACAACAGUGAAAACACAAGAUCCCAUGAUGCAGAGAUUACAGCUUAUGGGAGAGUUCUGUACCCCUUUAGUGCGCAGCUCCCAAAUGAGCUGUCAAUUUGUGAGUCUCAGCUGGUCACCUUGAUACAACAUGUGGAUGAUGACUGGACAGAGGGAGAAAUUGAUGGAAAAAGGGGAAUAUUCCCUACCAACUUUAUUGAGAUCAUUGUGGAUUGUCCUUAUGCUUGUAAUAAAACAUCUACAGACAGAAGUAAUGAUGUAAGCCCUUUUAUUCAAGACACAAACUGUAGUAAUGAUACACAAAAAGAGAAUGCAACAUUGCAGAAACUAACAACUGGUCAUGAUAGAAGAACAGACCAGCCAUUGGUCAAUGAUGUAUCAGAAAGCCAUGAAAUUGGUCUUGUUGUGCACACCUUUAUUGCAGAGGUCAGUCAGGAUGUCACUGUGUCUGAAGGAGACACAGUGGAAGUACUACGACAUGUUGAUCAGAAUUGGCUGGAGAUAAAAACUGACACUGGUCUGAGGGGGAUGGUACCUAGAAACCAUGUGGAUAUCAUUGGACCUUGGCCACUUUCAGUUUCUAGAAAAGAAACCUUCCCAGUUGUUCCAGUCAUAUCCAAUAGUGCAUGCAGCUCAAUUCACCCUAUUGAAAAUGGUGUAGGUCUAGACAUGUCAAAUCAUGAAGUUAAAACAAAAUCAGAAUCUAAAGCAGAUUUGCCAUCCAAAGUAACAUUUAAUGAUAAUCCAUUGCCAGUGCAGAUGAAAUCAUUACCUCCAGCUAUUUCAAUUACACCUAGAGUGAAGCCCAUCCUAAAGCCAAAACCUUCCCUAAUUAACAAACCAUCUCUUCCCCCUAAGCCUUUGUUGAGUGUAAAAGCUCUGAAGCCUGAGUCAAAUCAUAGUAGUAGUUCAGUGCCAGUAAGUCCAACAUCUCCAUUGAUUGAUGUUGGUGUACAAAAAGCAGAGAUCAAAAGAGCAACAACUCCAGACAAUAUUAAAAGCACACAGAUUCAGUCAGGCCUGACAAAUAUAUCUGAGUCAGUUUCAGAGCAGAGUUCAGCUCCUGACAGACCAUCUCCACCGUCAAUAAGAAACAUAGAACCUUUAAAAAAAAUGAAAGAUAUUGGAUAUACUUCUAAUUCCCAAAGUUUUUUUGCAAGAAGUAGCCCAAUAACUGCUCCAGAUAACAGGAGGCGGUCAGCAUCAAUAGCUGAACAGGAAAUAUUUAACAAAUCCAAGUCAUCACCAUCUGAGGAAAAAACUUCCUUUGUGAAUAAAGGAUUUCAGAUAGAAAUAGAUGAGGGUAAUUUAGUGGAUGUAAAGUUGGACAAGCCCCCAGCCCCUAGAAGACCUCCUCCAAGAGCUGCUCCUCCUAGACCUCAAAGUGCAACAACAAGCUCAGAUGGUUUUGACUAUCCUAUAAAAUUUAAGGCACCACCUCCUCGUCCUACAGGGCCUAGGAUAGCACCAGCUCCAGGCAAAACUCUACUUAUACCUACCAAGGUGGAAAUACUACCAAAAAUAAUACCAAAACGACCUGCUCCAAAAGCACCUUCACUUCCUGGUAGCUCUGCUAAUUCAAAUCAGGACAUUAAACUAGAGAGUAAACCUCACAUUCAGCCACCGCGCAGAGCUCCACCCCGGCCAGCUUCCUUUCCUUCCCCCCCUGCCUCACUCUGCCCUGGAGACCUGAUGUCAUUUAGUCCUGGGGAUGUGGAUUCUAUAGGAUCAUUUAGUCCUGAACUAGUAAUGGAUAUCAAGUCUAAGCUGGAGGAAAAUCAGAAAGACAUAAAGAAAUAUGAAGAGACACGCAAAGACAUACUUCAAAAGCUCCAGCUUCCCAAUGUUGUGCCAGCAGGUGAACAGGCCAGUCAGGACGACUUGGACUUUGUGGAGAGCACUUUGUCUGGCUUGAAAGAAGAGGAAAAACAUUUGAAAGAGAAUUUAUUUCUCCUGGUGCCCCAUGAAGCCAGACUUGAGAAGGCCAGGCUCCUGGCAGCUCAGCAUGCAGCUCAGCAAGCAGAGGAAGAAGAAAGAAAGAGAGAAGAAGAGAGGAAGAGGGCCAUAGAGCUUAAAGAGAGGAGGAGAGAGCAGAGAGGGAAAGUUAUUGAGGAGAUCAUUGAGACAGAAAAAGAUUAUUUGUUGAGUCUUCAGUUGUGUCUGGAAACUUUUAUGGAUGGCCAGAAAGCUCCUGCUGGUGUUGAUGUGGAAUUUCUCCUCGGCAACAUGGAAGAAAUAGCUGAUGUGAGUCAGAAAGUUUUGGCGACACUGGAGACAAGUGUCUCAGGAAAAAAUUUUGAGGAGCAAAUUGUAGGUAAAUGUUUUACACAUUUUUCUGAGGAUAUGAAAAAUACCUAUGCUCCUUACUGCCGUAACCAUGACGAUGUGAUCCAAGCAAUGGAGAGGUACACUGAGAGUCCAGAGAUCAGCGACUAUUUGAACAAGAAGUUGGAGAAAAUGAGGGAACACAUGAAUGUUUUUGACAUUGCUGGGGUCCUCAUCAAACCUGUGCAGAGGAUUCUGAAGUACCCACUUCUCUUAAAUGAGCUCCACAAGAACACUGAAGAUGGGCAUGAUGAUAAGGAAGAAAUAGAGAAAGCCAUUAGAGAGAUGACUGAUGUGGCCAAAGCUAUUAAUGAAUACAAGAGGAGAAAAGAUUUAGUGUACAAGUAUAAGAAAUCUUCAGACCAAACAUUUAGUGAUAAAAUCUCAAAGUUAAACUUACAUUCCAUCAAGAAAAAAUCUUCACGAAUCAAGGGGCGAUUGAGCACAAACUUUGGAAUUGCAUUGUCGAUGAGGGAUGAAAUCUUUGAACUGGAAGAAGCCAAAUUUAGAAAUCUUGAAAAAGCUGUCAAAAUAUUUCUCCGUAGUGUGAUGCAGUUUUUAGAAAAUAGUGCAGAAGCCAUGCGGUGCCAAGAGACAGUGGUGGAUGACAUCACACAGUUCUAUUCUGGGAAAGAUUCUGUGGAAGCCAGGAAGCUUCAAGUUGUUGUGACCAAACUUUUAGAUCUUUAUGACCAAAUGAAAAAAAACAUAGACCAGACAGUAGUAGUCCCACUGAACACUUUAGUUGGUCUGUUCAAUGGUCCAUCACAUGUGAUAGAGAAAAGGUUUGAUAAACUCCUAGAUUACAACUCUCAGCUUGGGAAAGCAGAAAAUGACAAGGAACUUCAAGCAGCCAAAAAUGACUACGAGGCAAUGAAUGCCCAGCUGUUGGAUGAGCUGCCAAAGUUCUAUAAUCAUGCAUUUCAUUUGCUUAAACAUUGUAUAUCUGCCUUUGUGUUGGCCAGGAGAGACUUCAUGGACCAGUCAUUGAAAGAAAAUUGUGUUCUUCUUGAGCUACCAUCCAUGCAGAGUAAAGGUAGCACUAUUGAAACCUUCAACAUUCGCCACACCACAGCCUUUGACCAGAUGUCGUUACUUAGUUUUAUUCCCAGAGGAUAUAAUCCACGAGUAGAUGCUAUUAAGGCAGACAAGGCCAAACUCAGAGGGAAACUGCCUAUAGAUAAUGGAACUCUACAUGUGCCUCAUAAUGUGAUCAUUCAAUCAGGGAGCCAAACAGAGGAACAAAAGCAGCAUCUGGUACAGAAGUAUCUCUCUGACAAAUUGUUUACUGUCAUACACACUUAUAAUGCCAGUGACAUCAUGGACAUCUCCUUGACUGAAGGCUCACUGGUGGGUGUGGUCAAGGAGCUAGACCCCAUGGGAAAUAAAGAACGUUGGUUUGUUGAUGAUGGAGUCAAUAAAGGCUUCAUCCCUUGCAAUGUGUUGACUCCAUACAAGCCUAGUCCAUGCCACAGUGGCAGCAGUGCCUCUAUAGAAGAGGACAUUUUGUCUAUACAGUCUUAUGACAGCAGUGAGAACAUUGUCCUCUGUGGGAAUGAUGGCAGAGUUACAUAUUCUACAGGUGCUUCCAAUAUUGAGGCUACCUUGAAGCAGCAACCUCAGGUAGAAUAUCAGUAUUAUGCCCUGUAUGACUUUCAAGCCCGACAUCCCAACGAGGCAUCCCUCAGGGCUGGACAUCCUGUGACUGUCUUGGCUUUCAAGGAUGUUGAUGGCAAUGCUGAGUGGUGGCUUGUGGAGACGGAGGACCAGCAGCGGGGAUAUGCUCCUGCUAAUUAUAUGGCUGCCAUGCCUCUCAGCUAGCAAGCACCGAGUAGUCUCUGGUUCAUAGACAGUUGUGUGAUAGAUGUAGACUAUUUAAUUUUUUUGUUUUUUACAUUUAAUUUUUUUUUUAAACUCUAAAAGAAUUGUGUGCUAGAUUUUUUCUAGGCAUUUAUAAAUGGAAACUUCUUAUUAUAAAGAAAUAGAACAGAAAGUAUUUUAUGAGUUUUUGCCAAAACUGUGACAAAAAGCAAGUUGAAAAAUAACCAAAGAAAGUUUUUGUUUUUGUUUGUAAUUCUCAUUUCACUCUGCACUCAACAUGAAGCUUGUUCAAUUCUUUUAUUUCCUGUCGCUCUCUCACAGACCUGCACAGACUGAAUUCUUGAAGCCCACUGUACUAUAUGUAAUAUAAAUCUUAAGACAUUGUUAUUGACUUACAAACAUAUGUGCAAAUAAUUUGUAUGUUGAAUGCUCACAUUCUCUCCCUUUACUUGUGUUCUAAGAAGUACUGUGGUUAUGGUGAUAUAUGUAUCUACUAAUCAAUGUAUUAUGUGAAUGAAGUGUCUUAAUGUAUUACAUGAAUGAAGUAUACAGUUUAACUAUUUAUCCAAGGAAUCCAAGUUAACCUUAGCUAUAUACUUUUAGUUUGAUGGUAGUCCUCUAAGCCUUUGACUGAGUUGAACUCUAUAUAUCAUUGGUUAAUGUCAAACAUGCUUGCCUUCUUUUGUUAGGCUGCUAUGCAACAUUGAAUUAAUUAUUUUGUAAUAUUUGAUGUCGCAAAUGUCACAUUUUAUUGUAAAAACAGCUGUCUGAAGUAGGACAUGUCCUGCUGAAUUUUGAGUCUCCUAAGAAUCAAUGGAUAACAUGUUGAGUCUGUGAUGAAAUUUCUAGUGUCUGUGAUUGGUUAAAUUAACUAUAAGAGGAGUUGUUUUUUUCUCUGUGAUUCUUUUGUACAAAUGUUUAUUUUGUUUUGUUUCACUGUAACUUAAUGGAAAGCACAUGAAACUGCAUGAGAGACAAAAAAAUGUUUCCCUUCAGUAAGUUUCAGAUCCAGUGCUUCAGGGACAACCAUUGAGUACAAUAAACUCCACAUUCAUUGGAGAAACCCAGUUGAUGGACAGUCAAAUAUUUACUAGUUCUAAAAGUGAACAAAAAAAUAACUUGUUCAUAUGGAUUAUAACUAAGCACACAGUUGAAUUAAGUGGAACAACAAAACCUUUAACCAGCACACAGUUUGACAUUCUGGGUUUUUCACAUGGAGUAUUUCAAUGGUUUUUUUUUUGUUUCAUAUUUAUUCCAAAAUUUGUUCCUCGUUUUCUACAUAUUGUUCAUUCCAGCUGUUCAUCUUUUCUUUUUUAUAGAUUCUGUGUCCUGUUGCUAACAGGAAUCCAGUUUUGUCUUAGUCUCUGUGUUUACUCUCUUUAUUCCAUAUUUUUAAUGGUAUUUAUUUUGUAUAUAUAGAAAAUCUUUCAAUUUCCAGUCAAAUCAAACAGAGCUAAAAACAAAAUGAUUUAGUUUUUUUUCAAUUUGUCUAAAUACUCAACUACACUAUAAAAAUGUCAUAAAAUUUACAGUUUUAUUAUUUCUUGUGAAGUUAAAACUAAAGUCAAUGUUGCAUACUUCUAGAAUUCUUUUAUUGUCCCCACAUUUGACAGAAUUUUAUUGGAGUCAACUUAUUUUUUUAUUACUAUUUAUUUUGUUUAUUUAUGUUUAUAAACAUAUUUUAAUUUGUAAUGAAGUGUUCUAACAUAUGUUUUCUGUGUAGUUAGCAUUAACAAAUCUAGUUAGUAUUUGCUUGUUUGCUAUAGAGCUAGCAUAGUGUAUGUAUCAUUAACACAGUGCCCUUAAAGUGCCUAUGUGCCAUGUUUAAACCAUUUUACAUUUUUUAGUCCUAUUAUUUCUCCAUUUAAGAAAAAAAAAUUAUUCAAAAGUUGUAAAGCAAAAAGAGAACAUAAAAAAAAAGUGCAUUAAGAAAAAUGAAACUUUGAAGGUAUGUUCAUAUGCGACAGCAGUAAUGAAGAUCAAGGUUCUUUUUAUUCCUGUCUGAUUUGAUGAAAUGUGUCCUUUGAGUCAAACAACACCAAAUUAAACUUCCUAAAACUGAGUACACUGUCUAUUCUUUGAUUCAGUUCUUUUGUUUUCUUUCAAGAAAGUGUUUUACUGCCUCAUCCCUCACACAUCUCACUUCUUGACCGUCCAUUUAUUUAUAGAGUUGACAUGGUAUCCUAAAAGUAAAACCUUUGGUCGAGGUAACUCUGUACUAUUAAAACACUAAUUACCUCCCCCUCCUCAAUGGCCAAACAUUUCUUUUGUUGAAUUAAUUUUAGUCACUAUUUACCUUUUGUUUGUGUGCAAACACUUUCUUGCUAGAUCUUUACUGACCUUUUUUUUUUUUAAAAUCUGAAUUCUUAAAAGUUAUAAAUAUAAACAUUUUAUUUUUUGUUGGUAGUUGACUUUCUAUUCUAUGUUGAUUGCAGAUAUAAAUUGAUGCCCUAAAGAUAAUGUGUUUCAUUUUUUUUUAAAAUUAAUUAGAAGAGAAAAGUGUCAAAGAUUAUAUUGUUUAGAGUUACUGAUGAGAUGGCCUUAGGAGUUAAAAGACUUUUGAAUGAGCUAGUACAAGAAAUGAAAGGAAAUCAUUGUUUACUAAGUCCAUUGUUCUUAAUAAAUAGGAAGUGGGACAUUUGACCCUUCUGAUGUUAUGACAUGAUUAAAUUCAUUUCUCUCUUGACUUUCUUAUCUGCCUUGGCCCUUACUUGAUGCUACAAGUUAAAACUUACAUUGAAUGUUUGUGUAGCUGUAUCAUCUCAUGUCUGAAUCUACAACCCACCCUUUACACUCACUUGCCUGCAUAAUAUUCUUAAGGAUCUAAAUUUGCUGGGUUACAUAUAUCUAUUUUAAUCUGUCAUUAUUUAUGCAUAAUACACUAAAAAAUAAAUAAUUUUUAAACAA